CGCAGAGGCAGGUGAGGGCUUUUUACUCGACCAGCGGAGUGUGCAAGGCUAAGCGUGCGGCCUCACCUGGAAUGCAAAUCAUAGAAUAUGAACCAGAGCACUUCCUGAGGAUGCUGAAGCAAUAUUUUCUUUGGACUGUGAGUUUCUUCUAAAGUGGAACUAAGAAGAGGACUAAUACAUUGAAUUCUAAAAAAAAAAAACAAUGGCCCAUUACUGUUAUUUGUCAUUUUAGGGGAUGGUGAUGUUCAAAGAUGUGGCUAUAGAUGUCUCUCAGGAGGAAUGGGAAUGCCUGAACCCUACACAGAGGAAUUUGUACAAAGAUGUGAUGUUGGAGAACUAUAGCAACUUGGUUUCACUGGGACUUUCUAUAUCUAAGCCGGCUGUGAUCUCUUCAUUAGAGCAAGGGAAGGAGCCCUGGAUGGUUGUGAGGGAAGUGACAGGAGGACGGUGCCCAGACUUGAUGUCCAGGUGUGAGGCCAAGAAGUUAUCUCCAAAAAGAGACAUUUAUGAGACAGAGCCAUCCCGAUGGGCUAUCAUGGAACAAUUUAAAACUCAUAAUCCUGAGAAGUCCAUUUUCAGAGAUAUUUGGGAAUGCAGUAGUCAGUUUGAGACACAACAGGAACAGGAGGGCUAUUUCAGGCAAUUUGUUAUCAACCAUGAACACAUGCCUAUAUUUAACCAACAUGCAUUACUCACUCAGGAAUUUUAUAAUAGAGAGAAAAUUUUUGAAUGUAGAGAAUGUAGAAAAAUCUUCAGUUACCAUUUAUUUUUUAGUCAUCACAAAAGAACUCAUUCAAAAGAAAAACUUUCUGAAUGUAAGGAAUGUGCAGAAACUAUUAAUACAUCAUAUCUUACUAAACAGAGAAUUCAAAAUAGUAGCAAGUGCAAUGAAUGUAAGGAAUGUUGGAGGGCUUUUAUUCAUUGUUCACAACUUAAACAACACCUGAGAAUCCAUAAUGGUGAAAAACGCUAUGAAUGUAAAGAAUGUGGAAAGGCCUUUAAUUACGGCUCAGAACUUAUUCUGCAUCAGAGAAUUCACACUGGUGAAAAACCCUAUGAAUGUAAGGAAUGUGGGAAGGCCUUUAGGCAGCGAUCACAGCUAACUCAACAUCAGAGACUUCAUACUGGUGAAAAACCUUAUGAAUGUAAGCAAUGUGGGAAGGCUUUUAUUCGUGGCUUUCAACUUACUGAACAUCUUCGACUCCAUACUGGUGAGAAACCCUAUGAAUGUAAAGAAUGUGGAAAGACUUUUAGGCAUCGCUCACACCUUACCAUACAUCAGAGAAUUCAUACUGGUGAGAAACCCUACAAGUGUAGAGAAUGUGGAAAGGCCUUUAGCUAUCACUCAAGCUUCUCUCACCAUCAGAAAAUUCAUUCUGGCAAAAAACCUUAUGAAUGUAAUGAAUGUGGGAAGGCCUUUUGUGAUGGCUUACAACUUACUCUACAUCGGAGGAUUCAUACUGGUGAGAAACCCUAUGAGUGCAAGGAAUGCGGGAAGACUUUUAGACAGUGUUCACACCUCAAAAGACAUCAGAGAAUUCAUACCGGUGAGAAACCUCAUGAAUGUAUGAUAUGUGGUAAGGCCUUUAGACUUCAUUCACACCUUAUUCAACAUCAGAGAAUUCAUACUGGUGAGAAGCCCUAUGAAUGUAAGGAAUGUGGGAAGGCCUUUAGCUAUCAUUCAAGCUUCUCACACCAUCAGAGAAUUCAUUCUGGGAAGAAACCUUAUGAGUGUGGAAAGGCCUUUAAUCAUGGCUUGCAAUGUAAUCUACAUCAGGCACUUCAUACUGUUGAGAUGCCAGUAAGAUUUCCUCUCCUCUCUCCCCAUCCUAGUCUAGCAUCAUGAUAAUAUUUUUAGAAAUACAGGUUUUCCUUUUUGUCUUCAAGGUAAAAGUUGGUAAAAUACUGAAUUUCAUUAAUACUGAUUUAUUUCAGUAAUCCUUGGGACAAAAAAAACUUCAAGUGGGAAAAUGGAAAAGUAAUUAACAGGUAAAAUUUUUUAAUUGCUCUGGUUCCAGUGCUGUUUCUGGAUUGUUAUAACACCCAGUAUUGGAGAUAAAUUUUAUAAAACAGUGUUUUUACUGAAACUAGUGAAAUGUGGCAGAAAUAAAAUGAAAACAAUUUCUUCCCCUUUCACAAA